UUAUCGAAUGAUUCGAAUUUUUUCAUUAAAGUUAUAAAAUUAGUCACCAGAUGGCCUCGAAGAUUCCGUAACAUUGUUUAUGAACGUUUUAUAAAAACAGCCUGAGUCCAAAAUUUUUUUUUUCUCUGGUCAUCAAAUUCGAGCGGCUUUUUGAGAAUUUUGUUUCGCAAGGAAAGAAUUUUUUUGUUUAUUCCUAAUCGUGACAUUUUCAUAAUUUUAAAAUUGAUUUUCUUUAAUUAUUGCUGUUAAAAUUUCCAAAAGUUUUACGAAUUUACAAAAAUCGAUUGUAAAUGGAUACCGAUUCAAAUUCAAAGAUUGACAUGUCAUUGGAUGAAAUUAUCCGUAUGGAUAAAAUCCGUGGACCCAGAAAAUUUGCAGGAGGAGGUGGUAGUGGACGAAUGAAUAAUCAUCAAAAUAGUUUCAAUAGAAAUUCUGGUAAUUAUCGAAACAAUCAUCGAUUUAAUAGUGGAAAUGGUUAUCGAUCAUUUAAUAAUGGUGGCCGUAAUAAUUACAAUCGGAAUAUGCCUAAACGUCCAUUCAAUUUUCAACAGAAUCGCCCACGACCAAUGAAUUUCGAUCGAAAUCGAUCAUCAUUUCAUCAAUCGGGCACAUUGCAUAUAUCGAAUCUAGCACCAAAUGUUACCACUGAAGAUCUAAAUGAAUUAUUCAUAACAUACGGUAAUCUGAAUCAUGCAUUCGUACAUUAUGAUCAACAUGGUACAAGUCUAUGCACUGGUGAAGUAGAAUUUGAACGUCGUGAUGAAGCCAUAGCUGCACGUAACAAAUUAAAUGGUGUUCCACUUGAUGGUGAACCAUUGCACAUAACAAUGAUUAAUUCACAAAAUGAAGAUUCAUUUACAUCGUUUCUAAAAUCGAAAACAUCUACCUCUAGACGACAGAAUAAUAAUUUAAAUUCAAAUAACAAUUAUCGUGGUAAUAAUUAUUCACAACAACGUCGACGUUUCAACAACAGUAACAAUAACAAUAGAAACCAAAACAUUUCAGCCGAUGAUCUGGAUCGUGAUCUUGAUGAAUGGCGAAUGAAAUCUGAAGAAAAUGAAAAUAUUGAUGAUUUAAAUGGACAACAAGUACCAGACGAAAUGAUGGAUGAUGUUCUGAUGUAAAUUAAUUAGUUCGCCUACAAUUUCAUAUGACUAAAUCUGGAAAACCAAAAAAAAAAAAAAAAAUAAUCACUAUAUAUUCAUUCUUCGCAUACUUUGUUUUGGCUCAUGUCAUAAUCAAUAAUAACCAUUUCAUUAAAUUUAUUAAUUAAUUUUCAA